AUGCAAUCCAUAACCCGCACCCUCUCCCGCCAAUCCCGUCUCUUCACCCCCCAACUACACAUCCAAGCCAGCCGUCCCUUCUCUUCUACCUUCAUCUCUCGCAAAUCUGCUACCGAAGCCGUCAAGGAAACGGUUCACAAAGUCGAUAAAGCCGUGGCGAGCAAGAUCGUAGAUGGUAUUGAAGUUGGUCAAACCGCAACCCAAAAAGCCAAAGAAGCAGCCGGCCUCUCCGCCUCCGAAGCCAAAACCGCCGCCUCCAACGCCGCCUCCGAAGCACAAGGCACCACUUCCUCCGCCACCGGUUCCGCAUCUGGCACCGCGUCCGAGUUGGCCGGACAGGCGAAAGGAAAGGCAGCGGAGUUGAAGGGCGCCGCGAAGGGAAAGGCGGCCGAGGUGAAGGGAGAAGUCAAAGGGAAAUUGUAG